AUGACUAUGCAAAACCUGCAGUUUCAGAAAGAUAACAUGCAAUUUCAGCAGGAGACUAGAGCUUUCAUACAGAGUCUCACUAACCAGAUGGGUCAGAUGGCUCCUCAGAUAAACCAGGCGCAUUCUCAAAAUUCUGAUAAGUUACCAUCCCAGCCUGUGCAGAAUCCAAGGAAUGUGAGUGCCAUAACCCUCAGAUCAGGGAAGCAGAUUGUUGUGCUUUCAGAGCCCGCUUCUACAUCUACACUCGUGCCUGCCACUUGUCCUAGAGAGGACGACCAUGACGGUCCACGCAGGGCAUUUGAGGUGGGUGGAUCUUCUUCUCCAGCUGGUGGUUCUUCUUCAGGUGGAUCUUCUCCCUUUUCCACCACCACUGCUACCGCACCUUCUCCAUUGGUUGACCGACCUAUCCCUCUUCUAUUCCCUUCACGGGCACUUCCUAGCACAAAGAUGGAAGAGGUGGAUAGGGAAAUUCUGGAGACCUUCAGGAAGGUAGAGGUGAACAUACCUCUACUCGAUGCCAUCAAGCAGAUACCGAAGUAUGCCAAAUUCUUGAAGGAGUUGUGCACACAUAAGAGAAAGAUGAAGGGAAAUGAGAGGAUUAGCAUGGGAAGGAAUAAUGCCAUGCUUGAUUUGGGUGCUUCUGUUAAUGUCAUGCCUUUCUCUAUAUAUGCAUCUUUGUCUCUUGGUCCUUUGCAAACCACGGGUGUGGUCAUUCAGUUGGCCAAUAGGAGUGUUACCCACCCAACAAGUUUCAUAGAGGAUGUCUUGGUUAGUGUUGGUGAAUUGAUUUUUCCUGCUGACUUUUAUGUUUUGGAAAUGGAGGAGGGAUUCUCUCAUGGAUCCGCUCCCAUUAUCUUAGGCAGGCCAUUCUUGAAAACUGCCCGAACUAAGAUUGAUGUGUAUGCUGGAACUUUGUCUAUGGAAUUUGCUGAUAUUGUUGUUCAUUUUAAUAUCAUUGAUGCAAUGAAAUUUCCAGCUGAGGACCAUUCUCUGUUUAGGAUCGAUGCAUUGGAUGACAUUAUUGAUGAAUUUGUUGUUGACGACUUUCAUUUUGUGCAUGAGAAGAAGCAUUCUUUUCUAUCUUCUUUGCAUUCAUGCAUUGAAUCUGGAUUCGAAUCAGGAUUUGAGAAUGAUGUUGAUAAUGUUGUGGAUUUUGAUGAGGAUUGUGAUGUCCAGGAUAUUGAUGUUAUGCAUGAUAUUGAUGAUGUUGUUGACAUAUAUGUGAUGGACAUUGAUUUGGGAAGUACACUUGAAUCUGACUUGCAUGCACCCACUCUUGAGAUGAAACAGCUCCCAGAUAACCUCAAGUACGUGUACUUGGAGGAUGAUGAGAAGAAACCGGUGAUCAUUUCUACCUCCCUUGAUUCUGUUCAAGAGGAGAAGUUGCUUGGUGUGCUUAAGAAGCACAACAAGGCCAUUGGUUGGAGUUGGGCUGACAUACCUGGUAUUAGCCCAUCCACAUGCAUGCAUAGAAUUCUUUUGGAAGAUGGGGCAAAGCCAGUGAGACAGCCACAAAGAAGGCAAAACCCCGUGAUCAUGGACGUCAUCAAGAAGGACGUGACCAAGCUUUUGCAAUAUAAGUUGAGACCAUUAAUUGAGCAGCAGCAAAAUCUUAGUGGAAAGCUUGGAAAGCUUGUGCAGCCAAGAGAAAAGGAAGUUAUUACUACCCUAUAUCCUUUUUUGCAAUCUGUUUUAACCAAAUGCAAACAAGCUUUUGACAGCCUGACGGAAGCUUUGACCACCACUCCGAUCAUCCAGGCACCAGAUUGGACAACCCCUUUUGAGCUUAUGUGGGAUGCAUCCAAUUAUGCAUUGGGGGUUGUCUUGACACAAAAGAUUGAUAAGUGGCCUCGAGUGAUCUACUACGCUUCCAGGACUUUGGAUGUUGCCCAAGCAAACUACACUACCAUUGAGAAAGAGCUCUUAGCCAUUAUGUUCGCUCUUGAUAAAUUUAGAUCUUAUUUGCUUGGUUCUCCUGUCACUGUUUUCACUGACCAUGCAGCUCUAAAGUUUCUAUUGAAGAAGGCUGAGUCGAAGCCUAGAUUGAUUAGGUGGAUGCUUCUACUCCAAGAGUUUGAACUACAAAUCCAAGACAGGAGUGGAGCACAGAAUCUGGUUGCUGACCACCUCAACAAGAUUGAGAGAGUUGAGGAUGAAGCCAAUGUUUUGCCUAUCCAGGAUAACUUUCUUGAUGAAAGCUUAUGGAUGGUUUCACUUUCCUACCCUACCCCUUGGUUUGAAAAUAUUGUUAAUUAUUUGGUUGCUUAUGUUUUUCCUCCCUUAGCAUCGCGUGCUCAAAUUGCUAAAAUUAAGAGCGAUGCUAAGUAUUACAUAUGGGAUGACCCAUAUCUGUGGAAGUUGUGUAGUGAUCAGGUUACAAGAAGAUGCAUUUUGGACCAUGAGAUUGAUUCGGUCCUACAGUUUUGUCACGCUUCCUCACCUGGUGAUCAUUUGGGAAUUCAAAGAACGGCUCGCAGGGUGUUAGAUUGUGGUUUCUAUUGGCCCUCCAUCUUUAAGGAUGCUGAGAGGAUUUGCAGCACCUGCGAGCCAUGUCAGAGAGCAGGAGGAUCAUUUUCAUGGAAACAACAGAUGCCUCAACAACCCAUGUUGUUCUGUGAGGUGUUUGAUGUCUGGGGUAUAGAUUUCAUGGGUCCUUUUCCUGUUUCUUUUGGUUUCUCUUAUAUUCUCCUUGUUGUGGAUUAUGUUUCAAAAUGGGUGGAAGCUAGAGCCACCAGGACUAAUGAUGCUUGGGUUAUUGUAGUUUUUGUUAAAUCUCACCUCUUUUGCAGGUUUGGAGUGCCUAGAGCAAUUGUUGGUGAUCAGGGAACCCAUUUUUGCAACAGAUCCAUGCAAGCUUUGCUCAAGAAAUAUGGGGUGACGCACAGAGUUUCUACACCUUACCACCCCCAAACAAAUGGGCAGGCUGAGAUCUCCAACAGGGAGAUUAAGAGGAUUUUGGAGAAGAUUGUCCAGCCCAACAGGAAAGAUUGGAGUAAUAGGUUGGACGAUGCUCUUUGGGCCCACAGGACUUCCUACAAAGCACCCAUUGGGAUGUCUCCCUAUCGAGUUGUCUUUGGAAAGGCAUGUCAUUUACUAGUUGAGAUUGAGCAUCGGGCAUAUUGGGCUGUGAAGACUUGCAACUUCUCCAAUGACCAAGCUGGAGAGGAAAGGAAGUUGCAACUGAAUGAAUUCGAUGAGAUCCGAUUGGAGGCCUAUGAGAACUCAAAGUUCUACAAGGAAAGGACCAAGAGGUUCCAUGAUAGUUCCAUUGUUAGAAAGGACUUCGAGGUUGGCCAACAGGUUUUGUUGUAUAACUCUAGACUCGGCCUCAUGGGUGGUAAGUUGAGAUCAAAGUGGACUGGACCUUUUGUUGUGACUAAUGUUUAUCCUUAUGAUGCAGUAGAGAUCCAAGGUCCAUCUGCAACUAAAAGCUUCAAGGUGAACGGGCAUAGAGUGUAG